CGAUGAGUGGCGGCGGCGGCGGCCCCAAGACCCGGUUCCCUUAGACAAGAGGGCGGGUGGAGGAGGAAGCGGCCGAGCCCCGAGUCCUGCUCCGGCGCCGCCGAGCACCGCCCGCCUCAACCGACCGGCCCCGUCGGCUCCUGGGCCUUGCCGUGCCGAGAGGAGGGAAAGGCGGAGGCGGCUGCGUGGAGGCAGUGGGGGCGCGGGAGCGGGCGGAGGCGGCGCCGCCGGCCGCGGCUGCCGCUUUGUUGUGCGUCCCGGGCCGAGGAAGGAGAAGUGGGAGGAGGGGGGAGCUCGGCGUCCCGCUCCCUCCGCGGCUCAUGGCGACGACGCUCGGCACAUCCGGGACCCUCCGGCCGUGGCGGCCGCGGCGCAGGCUGCUCGGGCCCCAGCCCCGGCCGCUGUGGUGACUGCGCCGCGCCUCGCCGUCGCCCCCGCCCCGCCCGCCGCCCGCCGGCCCCGGGCCCCGCGCCGCGGCCGCAGCCUCGCCGCCGCCCCCGCCGCCGGGGACAUGUCUAACCCCGGGGGCCGGAGGAACGGGCCCGUCAAGCUGCGCCUGACAGUACUCUGUGCAAAAAACUUGGUGAAAAAGGAUUUUUUCCGGCUUCCUGAUCCAUUUGCUAAGGUGGUGGUUGAUGGAUCUGGGCAGUGCCAUUCUACAGAUACUGUGAAGAAUACACUUGAUCCAAAAUGGAAUCAGCAUUAUGACCUGUAUAUUGGAAAGUCUGAUUCAGUUACGAUCAGUGUAUGGAAUCACAAGAAGAUCCAUAAAAAACAAGGUGCUGGAUUUCUUGGUUGUGUUCGUCUUCUUUCCAAUGCCAUCAACCGCCUCAAAGACACUGGUUAUCAGAGGCUGGAUCUAUGCAAACUUGGGCCAAAUGACAAUGAUACAGUUAGAGGACAGAUAGUAGUAAGUCUUCAGUCCAGAGACCGAAUAGGCACAGGAGGACAAGUUGUGGACUGCAGUCGUUUGUUUGAUAAUGAUUUACCAGAUGGCUGGGAAGAAAGGCGAACUGCCUCUGGAAGAAUCCAGUACCUAAACCACAUAACAAGAACUACGCAAUGGGAACGCCCAACACGACCAGCAUCUGAAUAUUCUAGUCCUGGCAGACCUCUUAGCUGUUUUGUUGAUGAGAACACUCCAAUUAGUGGAACAAACGGUGCAACAUCUGGACAGUCUUCAGAUCCCAGACUGGCAGAGAGGAGAGUCAGGUCACAACGACAUAGAAAUUACAUGAGCAGGACACAUUUACAUACUCCUCCAGACCUACCAGAAGGCUAUGAACAGAGGACAACACAACAAGGUCAGGUGUAUUUCUUACAUACUCAGACUGGUGUGAGCACAUGGCAUGAUCCAAGAGUGCCUAGGGAUCUUAGCAACAUCAAUUGUGAAGAGCUUGGUCCGUUGCCUCCUGGAUGGGAGAUCAGGAAUACAGCAACAGGCAGAGUUUAUUUCGUUGACCAUAACAACAGAACAACACAGUUUACAGAUCCUCGGCUCUCUGCUAACUUGCAUUUAGUUUUAAAUCGGCAGAACCAAUUGAAAGACCAGCAACAGCAGGUGGUAUCGUUGUGCCCUGAUGACACAGAGUGUCUGACAGUCCCACGGUACAAACGAGACCUGGUUCAGAAACUAAAAAUUUUGCGGCAAGAACUUUCCCAGCAACAGCCUCAGGCUGGCCAUUGCCGCAUUGAAGUUUCCAGGGAAGAGAUUUUUGAGGAAUCAUAUCGACAAGUCAUGAAAAUGAGACCGAAAGAUCUCUGGAAGCGAUUAAUGAUAAAAUUUCGUGGAGAAGAAGGGCUUGACUACGGAGGGGUUGCCAGGGAGUGGUUAUAUCUCUUGUCACAUGAAAUGUUGAAUCCUUAUUAUGGCCUCUUCCAGUAUUCAAGAGAUGAUAUCUAUACAUUGCAGAUCAAUCCUGAUUCUGCAGUUAAUCCGGAACAUUUAUCAUACUUCCACUUUGUUGGACGAAUAAUGGGAAUGGCUGUGUUUCACGGACAUUAUAUUGAUGGUGGUUUCACAUUGCCUUUUUAUAAACAGUUGCUUGGGAAGUCCAUUACCUUGGAUGACAUGGAGUUAGUUGAUCCAGAUCUUCAUAACAGUUUAGUGUGGAUACUUGAGAAUGAUAUCACAGGUGUUUUGGACCAUACCUUCUGCGUCGAACAUAAUGCCUAUGGUGAAAUUAUUCAGCAUGAACUUAAACCAAAUGGCAAGAGUAUCCCUGUUACUGAAGAAAAUAAAAAAGAAUAUGUCAGACUCUAUGUGAACUGGAGAUUUUUACGAGGAAUUGAGGCACAAUUCCUGGCCCUGCAGAAAGGAUUUAAUGAAGUAAUUCCACAGCAUCUGCUGAAGACAUUUGAUGAGAAGGAGUUAGAGCUCAUUAUUUGUGGACUUGGAAAGAUAGAUGUUAAUGACUGGAAGGUAAACACCCGGUUAAAACACUGUACACCAGACAGCAACGUUGUCAAGUGGUUUUGGAAGGCCGUGGAGUUUUUUGAUGAAGAACGACGAGCGCGGUUACUUCAGUUUGUGACGGGCUCGUCCCGAGUGCCUCUGCAGGGCUUCAAAGCUUUACAAGGUGCUGCAGGCCCACGACUCUUUACCAUACACCAGAUUGAUGCCUGCACUAACAACCUGCCAAAAGCCCACACUUGUUUCAAUCGAAUAGACAUUCCGCCCUAUGAAAGCUAUGAAAAGUUAUAUGAAAAGCUGCUAACAGCCAUUGAAGAAACAUGUGGAUUUGCUGUGGAAUGACAACUUCAAGGAUUUACCCAGGACUCUAUUUAUACCCCUGACUGACAGCCUCCUUUCAGCAGAGUUUCAAGGAACGCUGACAUACAGGAAAGUGCACCCCCCUUUUUAAAAAAAUAUUAGGAUACUGUGAGGGGAAAGGACAAUUCUGAAAUUCCUUUUCAAGGAAAAAAAGGUCUUUAUGCUUUGCCAUGAGGCCACAUUCAGCUGCUAUUUAAAAUUAAUAUCUUGAACCUAAAGAAUGCUGACUUUUCCUACAUUUCCAGAGUUAGGCAGUAUUCUACACUUAAAGACUACUACUAUUUUUAUAAAAGGUAAUCUAUUCAAAUCGCUUCACAGAUUUCAACUCUUAUCAAACAUCAAGACAACAUCAGCAGUCGGUACAAGUCACAUUUCAUUUUGGUUGAAUACAUGAUUUUGAACAGCUCCUGUACUUGCUCUUUGUAAAAAAAAAUAAAAUUAUUUUGAAUUAUUCUACCUUUGUAAACAAUUGGCUAUAAAAGAAUCUUUAAAAAAUUAAGCCAUUUACAUGUUUAAUUACAUUUUUCUAUAGCAAAGCAUUAUAUUUUAAAAGCAUUAUAUGUUUCAACCUAGCCUAAGUGAGUCUUUUUUUAUAUUUUUCAAGCAUGAAUUCCGUGGAAUACAGCUAUAUAAUUUUGGUUGUCAAAUUCUUAAUGCAACCAUUUAGUCUGAACUUAGUAGCUUAUUUGCUACAAUAAGAUGCAUUCAGGGGCUCCCUGUUUUUAAGAGACUUUAAAAAAAAUCUUAAUUUUUUAUCUUGAAUGAAUAUGAUCGGGUAUUUUGGAUUUACUUUGCAUCUUAAAUGGAAAUACUGCAGUUUUAUAGCUACUCAGAUCAUGUGGAUGGGAUGGGAUUUUCAUUCUUUUAUUGGGUCAGCUUAUCUUUGAUAUAUAUACUAUUUCUUUAAACCAAAGUCUCCUGUGACAAGUGCACCUAACUUAUAUUACAUUUUAAUUAUGGUAAGUUUCUAUCAAGUAAACCAUCCUGAAUCUCUGUGUUUAGCUGCUCAUAUUUUAAUCAGAUAAAAUUAUGAAAAGGAAAAAUUUUGCUCUAAAGAUUAUUUAGCAAGCUUAGAAAACCCUGUUUUUACCUAACAAAAUGAAGUGGGGUGGUCGGGCAGGGAUGUGAUUACUAAGAAACAAGCGAUUCUGACUCUAUCGCAGACAAUACUCUUCGUCUGAAGAGUGAUUUUGGAGGUAAGGGAAUCCCAGUUCGCUUGGUGUUGAAGAUCAGCAUUUGAUUUUGAAAUAUCCAGAUUUAGCUUUCAAGGUGUGUGGCAUGUUGCAUGAUCCAGAAGGCAACCACAAUUCUGGAGUGAGAGAUUGGAAAAAUCUGAAAUCAUGGGUGGAUUUUUAAAUUCAAGUAUCAGAAAUCUGCACUAUUUUGUUUUUUUUACAUUGUUGUGAAAUCAAGAAUAGCAAUUUUGAUGAGAUAGCUUUGUUUAAAUUUUACAGCUUAAUUAUCAAGUGAAUAAGCCCCUUGUGUUCUUUCAUUUGAUGGAUUGGUUUUCAGUCUGUGUUCUUGGAGCCAAGGGCCUCCUCAGAGGUGCCUCAGAAGUAAUGGUUAAGAGAGGAGGGACAGAGAGAGGGAGAAGAAACGUAGCUGGUACUUGAGCAGGGGUCUCGAACUCCCCACCCCUCUUUACCCAGAGCAGCUUCGAUUUUCCUCUUGUAUAUGCAUUGGAAUUCCACGUAAGCUUUCAUGGGGGCUAGGAGGGGUGGGGGGAUGGGUAGAAUAAAAGAGGUGGAAAAUUUGCUGCUUAAAAAAAAGUUGAGAACUACUCCUGUCGUUUCUAAGUAUUUAAAUUUAUUUCAUUCAGCCAAAUUUGACAGCCACACAAGCUGGUUACAGUCAUAACUGUGUAGUGGCGAUGUGCUUAUGCUGACCUUUUUCUUCCCAAACAAUUUGUUUUCCUACUGCAUUCUUAGUAGUACCGAAGAACAUCUUAAAACAUACUGUUUGAUUAUCAGUAGUUUUCAGCUUUCACGAUAGUACCUUAUUGGUUGCAGGUCCAUCUCUCUCUUAUAUGAAAGCACUAGCGCAGUGUAACUGCCUAUUAUAAUCUUUCAGUAAUAGUAAGUACAUGAUGAACACUUCAGAGAAAUCAUAACUGACGGAUACAGUAAUAAUGAAAUGCUACUCUCACACUAAUGUACAAUAUAGAGCAGGCAAAUACCAUCGCUUUUUGAGUGCCUUCUUAAUUUUAUAAUAAUGACUUAAUAGAGCUUUAACAGAAAUAAAUUACCCUCCCUUACAGUCUAUGGUAUCACCAACAUAAUUUAUAAGAACAGGAUGAUUUAGAUUUCAUUUUCAAAGUUAUGUUACCUGAUCACUUCCAAAUAGGUGCUAAGCAAACAAAACGUGCCAAUGUAUCAUUGAACCUUGGACUUGCACCUCAUGUGUAAUGUGAAUAUUUAUUUCCACAUGUCCCUCUUAGAUGGGUUUUUUCUAAUCCUUCCUCUAGUUUUAUUUCAGAUUUGUGAUAUCAUGUUUCCAUACAUUGCCUUUGCAUCAUGAAUACUUAAUUAUGAACAAUGGUUACUUUGUAGAGCUCAUAUGCAAUACAGAGGUGAGUUUUGUUUCCGAGGGUCUUACUUCUUUGGUGUAAAGAGUUUUUAAAUAGUGCUGUGUAUAGUGUACAUUUUGUUUUGCACAUAGUUUGUUGCCCUGAAUGGGUUUUGUUUUUACCAAGUCUUUUAUUUUUUCCUUGUAAUUACACUCCAGAGCACAAGUUUCCUUUCUUUUAAAUACAAUGUAAUUUGCUUUAUUUUACAACACUAAGUCUGCUUGAACUUCUGGUGCAUCGAGCUGAUUGCAUUGACGGGAGUUAGAGAUUGUUCCAGACAUCUUUACAGUUUGAUAGAGCAGCUCCUUCUGCUUCUGUCUUUAGGCUGCAGCACAGUCAAUGGGUGCCAUUUGUAGUAUUUAAUGUACUUACAUUAGGAUGAUGAUUGUACCAAAUGCUGAGUUGUUUUGUUUCUAGAUGUAAUUAGUUCACUUAAUGUAAUAUUCUUCCUUCUCUCAAACUGACUUUAAAACAAAGUUUUAUCAUUUUCAUUGUAUUUGUAUUUAUUACAGAGUGUUUUAGCUUUGAUAUUCUUUGUAUUUUCACUCAGUUGUUACAUGAGCUUUAUCAAUAACAUCUGUAUAAAUGGUUUUAAAAAAUUAACUAUGUAUGUGCCCAUGCCGAAGUUGAGCAAUAAAAUGAAUGCUGUUUGCACUGUCACAGCAUCAAAGUUUUUAAAGAA